GCAAACCAAAACGAAUCGGGACGCCGUAGAGUACGUGUAUCGCUGUAGAGAGUUUCAUCGUUUUCUAUAACCGCAAACAUGUCCGGACGUGGCAAGGGUGGCAAAGCUAAGGGAAAGGCGAAGUCCCGUUCUAAUCGUGCUGGAUUGCAAUUUCCCGUUGGACGUAUUCACAGACUUUUGCGAAAGGGAAAUUAUGCCGAGCGCGUUGGUGCCGGUGCCCCGGUCUACCUGGCCGCGGUGAUGGAAUAUCUCGCUGCGGAAGUAUUGGAAUUGGCGGGAAACGCCGCGCGCGACAACAAGAAGACCAGGAUCAUUCCGAGGCACUUACAACUGGCCAUUCGCAAUGACGAGGAAUUGAACAAGUUGCUCUCGGGCGUUACUAUCGCUCAAGGAGGUGUCCUGCCGAAUAUUCAAGCGGUUCUGCUGCCAAAGAAGACCGAGAAGAAAGCUUAACUGCAGAGCGACGUCAAACGAAACGGCCCUUUUCAGGGCCACCAUAUUUUUCACAUACGAAGAACAUCCUGUUUACAAUAUUUCUUUAUGUUAUAAUUUUUAGACGAUUAAGUUCAAUUAUGCAUUAUCCGCUUAUAACUAGAUUUAAUUUUUUAUGACAACAA